CCGAACACAUCUAUUCCCGUCCAUCAGCGGAAUCGGAUCCGGCGUUCACUAUAAUGGACGGCAGCUGUUGCUCCCGUUUAAAAAUUCUAAGCAGAAUUUUCUUUUGUGAUAAUUCAUGAUCGACCAAUAUAGGCAAGCAGGGGAGAAUUCGUACGGGUCGUUGCAACUGAUCCAAGGUCGCAAUCGCGGCUCCAAUUUCUUUCCGGCGGCCGCGAUUUCCUUCCCCCUUUCCCAAGAAAAAGCUUAUCAAUUUUCUUUCUUGCUUCCUCUCCUAAGAACUUGCUUGUCAGUUUUCUCUCUUGCUCUUGGACUUUUGAUCCCAGUUCUUGAUCUCGUGAUCGAUCCUUUUUGAUCCCAAUUCUUGAUUUUGGAAUCGAUCCUGCUUGAAGAGGAUUUGGAUGAUUCCUCCAGAUAGGUUUUCAUUUGCCAGCUGGGAAUUAGAAAACCCAUCAGCGGAUUUCCCUUCUCCAAAGCACAGAUAGAUAGCGGAUGGGAACGGGAUUUGGUAUACAGAGAAGACGGAUGGAAGGUUUUCUUGGUCGCUUCGUACUGCCUCUGCUACUCUUAGUAGCUUCUUUGCUUGACUGGAGCUUGAUUUCUCUGGUCAAUAUGUUAGUUUUUUUGGCCAUUCAAUUUACUGCUCCAAAAAUAGGAUCCCGUUCUUGGAAGUUACAUCUAAUAGCAUGGUGUACAAUCAUCUUUUCUGUCCUUGCUAUAUUAGCACAAAUCAUUUUUCAUACUCUUUGGUGUAUAGAGGGCCAAGGGUGGAGCAUAGCGGAUGCUUGGUGGGCAAAGAUGAUUGGGUUUGUGAGAUUCCAGCCAUGGGGAUCAACAUCUGUUAUCUACUUUGUGAUCAUACAGCUGUCAGCUGCUCUUGUUGCUUUAGUUGAAGUCCUUGGAAAUAGACUUCAAGAUUCCUGUUGGCUAAACUUCUUGUCUGCAGUUGAUCAUAUAGGAUCCCACCUCAGGGUUUCCUGCUGCUUACUGCUUCCUGCUGUUCAGUUGGUUGUGGGUAUUAGCCAUCCAUCUUGGAUUUUUCUGCCAUUCUUUAUUUGUAGCUGUGUUGGUCUUGUUAAUUGGUCUCUAACGAGUAAUUUUCUUGGUCUUUUCCGGUGGUGGAGGCCUCUCCUAUUGUAUGCAUUUUUCAGCAUUCUUCUGCUUUAUAUCUACCAGCUACCAGUGAAGUUCCCAGAUGUAGUCCUACUUAUUGCUGACUUCAUUGGUUUAUACAAGUUAACUGCAACAGCAGAGUGGCCUGAACUUUGUGCUGGAAUUUCUCUUGUAACAUUUUACUUCAUGGUAUCCUCUGUCAAAUGUGAUUUGCAAGAAAUGGAUUUUAUCAUGUCAAUGGAAACUAGCAGUUUAACUGAGCAGCUUCUACCAUUGAAACAUUCAUUUUUCAUCCGAGAAUCUCGAUCCGGAAGAAGGCAUGCAAAUGUGCUAUUGAGGGGAUCAGUUUUCCGGAAUUUCAGCAUCAACUUCUUCACUUAUGGUUUUCCGGUCUUGUUGCUUGCUCUUUCGUUUUGGAGUUUCAAUUUCACUAGUUUGUGCGCUUUUGGUUUGCUAGCAUAUGUGGGCUAUGUUUUAUAUGCCUUUCCAUCUUUGUUUCAUUUACACCGGUUGAAUGGGUUACUUCUCGUCUUCAUUCUCCUAUGGGCUGCUAGCACAUAUAUAUUCAAUGUAGCAUUUACAUUCCUUAACAAAAAAAUCCGAAAGGACAUGAUGAUUUGGGAAACCAUUGGAUUGUGGCAUUAUCCUAUUCCUGGAUUAUUUCUACUUGCACAGUUCUGCCUUGGAGUCUUUGUAGCAUUAUGUAAUCUAGUGAAUAAUUCUGUAUUUCAACAUCUGUCUGAUGAGGAUAGGCAAUCCUCUAGCGAUGAUCACACAGUUGAAGAGAAAGAAGACACAAAAGUUUUAAUUGUUGCUACAAUAGCUUGGGGGCUACGCAAAAGUUCCCGUGCAAUUACUCUGGCACUGUUGUUUCUUCUUGUUAUGAAACCUGGCUUUAUUCAUGCUGUUUACAUGUGCUUCUUCUUGGUGUUUCUGUUGAGCCAUUCCAUUAGUGCAAAUAUGCGUCAAUCUUUAAUUUUGUUUUGUGAGGUGCAUUUUUCACUACUAUAUAUCCUUCAGCUUAAUUUGAUCUCAAAGGCUUUGGAGCAGAGUGGUUCCUUAACUGUGGUAAUUCUCUCACAAUUAGGCCUCCCAAAUCAUGCUUCUUUCAGGGAUUUUAUGGAAAUAGGUGUGCUAGUGUGCUUCUGUUCAGUGCAGAACCAUGGUUUCAAAAUGCUCUUUUCUUUUUCUGCUAUUCUGCAACAUACUCCUUGUCCUCCACUAGGAUUUAGCAUCUUGAAAGCUGGUUUAAGCAAAUCAGUUUUGCUGUCAGUUUACGCCUCAUCAAGUGCCAGAGUUGGUUAUUCCCUCAGCUUUUCACAUGAGCAAAAGAUAGCAACGUAUCUCAGCAAAAUCAGUCAGAUGUUCUUAUCUACGUACCGCUCCUAUGGGACAUAUGUGGCAUUUCUAACUAUUCUUUUCACACUAUACUUGGUCACUCCAAAUUAUGUAUCAUUUGGUUACCUUUUUUUCCUCCUAUUUUGGAUAAUAGGGAGGCAGCUUGUGGAGAAGACAAGAAGGCGGCUUUGGUAUCCCUUGAAAGUCUAUGCCACUCUUGUGUUUGUUUUGACCUAUAGCUUGAGCAUUUCUCCUGUACUUGCAACAUGGAUGUCCAAGCUGAUCGAUCUGUAUCCUGAUUUGGGGUUCAAUCCUGAAGCAUCUUUAUUGAAGAAUGUCUGGGAAUCCUUGGCUGUUUUGACUGUAAUGCAACUUUACAGCUACGAAAGAAGACAGAGUAGGUACAGAACAGUUGAUGCUUCUGAUGCAUCAGAACAUGGAAUUUUGGGGUUUUCCAGAAGGCUCCUUAUUUGGCACAGCGAGAAGAUUUUGUCUAUAGCUGUAUUUUAUGCUUUAUUGUCUUCAAUCAGUGCAUUCGGCUUUAUUUAUCUUCUGGGUCUCAUUAUAUCUUCUACUUUACCAAAAACAUCUCAGAUUCCUUCCAAGUUGUUUUUAGUUUAUACAGGAUUGCUCGUGACUUCUGAAUAUCUCUUUCAAAUAUGGUGCAAACUUGCUUAUAUGUGUCCUGGUCAAAGGCUCUAUGGUUUGUCACUGUUUCUGGGCCUAAAGUAUUUUGAUUCUGGAUUUUGGGGCCUUGAGUCUGGUUUGAGGGGAAAGGUGCUGGUAAUAGUUGCUUGUACUCUUCAAUACAAUGUUUUCCGCUGGCUAGACAAUAUGCCAAGUUCUCUAGUAUGUAGAGGUAAGUGGGAAGAGCCUUGCCAAUUGUUUAUCUCAUCAGAACAUGCUUCAGUGGGUACUUUGGUUCAUCAUGAAGAAAAGAAGGCACCAGUGGAUUUCACUCUUUCAUCUGCAACACCAAGAGGUGCUAAUACUGAUUCAAGCCCAUCUUUCAGCACUAAUACCUAUGAAGCAUCAGAAUCCGUCCCUGAUGUGACAAGAGCCUCAGAGAAUAACACUAGGAAAUACUCAUUUGCCUCCAUUUGGGGAAGUACUAAAGAGAGUCACAAGUGGAACAAGAAACUUAUCCUUGCUUUGAGAAAAGAGAGGUUUGAAAUGCAGAAGACUACGCUAAUAAUCUAUAUGAAAUUUUGGAUGGAAAAUCUUUUUAAACUUCGAGGUCUUGAGAUUAACAUGAUUGUGUUACUUUUGGCGAGUUUUGCUGUGCUAAAUGCCAUUUCAUUGUUAUAUAUCAUAUGCCUUGUUGCCUGCAUUCUUCUGAAACGCGAGGUUAUCCAUAAAUUAUGGCCUAUAUUUGUUUUCUUGUUUGCUUCUAUCUUCAUUCUUGAGUAUUUCGCCAUUUGGAAAGAUCUAAUUCCUUGGAUUCACUCUCCCAAAGAGAUGGAAAUCAACUGCCGUGAUUGCUGGAGUAGCUCAAGCCUUCACUUUGGUUUUUGUACAAAAUGCUGGCUGGGGAUAAUUGUUGAUGAUCCACGAAUGCUUGUGAGCUAUUAUGCAGUUUUUAUUUUCUCCUCUUUUAAACUCCGUUCUGAUCACUUUUCUGGUUUCUCAGAGUCGCAUACAUACCGUCAGAUGAUGUCUCAGCGGAAAAAUGCAUUAGUUUGGAAAGACCUCUCAUUUGAAACAAAGAGUUUCUGGACUUUUCUUGACUAUCUGAGAUUAUAUCUCUAUUGUCAUUUAUUAGACAUUGUUCUUGCUUUAAUAUUAAUAACCGGAACUCUGGAAUAUGAUGUUCUGCACCUUGGUUACCUUGGCUUUGCUUUGGUUUUCUUCCGAAUGAGACUUGAAAUAUUGAAAAAGAAGAACAAAAUUUUCAAAUUCUUGCGCAUGUAUAAUUUUGCGCUCAUUGUCCUUUCUCUUGCUUAUCAAUCUCCCUAUCUUGGGAAUUUCAGCUCUGGCAAGUGUGAACAGAUAGACUACAUAUAUGAGGUCAUUGGAUUUUAUAAGUAUGAUUAUGGGUUCCGAAUAACAUCAAGAUCUGCAUUGGUUGAGAUUGUAAUUUUUUUGUUAGUAUCAAUGCAAUCAUACAUCUUCUGCUCCGAAGAAUUUAAUUAUGUAGCAAGAUACCUUGAGGCUGAGCAAAUUGGUGCUAUGGUCCAUGAGCAAGAGAAAAGGGCUGCAAGGAAAACUGCGCAAUUACUGCAAAUUCGUAAAUCAGAAGAGCAAAAACGGCUGCGUAACUUGCAAGUGGAGAAAAUGAAAUCUGAGAUGCUCAAUCUGCAAAGCCAGCUCAAUAGCAUGAAUUCCAUUAUGACUCUUGAUGACAGUUCUCCACAAUCAGAAGGUCUUCGACGUAGAAGGAACUCUUCCCAAGGCAUGGAUAAAGUUGGCAGAGUGCCAGAUAAUGAGACUGGAUCACCAAACAAGCAGUAUGAGAAUGUCAGUUCAGAAUCAUAUCAUUCCCUUGACUUUGCUGUGCCUGAAAUGCAAAAGAAUGCAGCAUUGCCCGACUUGCAAAACUCUCCUACUAGUAUAAAAAGUGAGAGCUCAAUCUUGAUGGAUUAUGUGAGGCAUUCCUUGGAUUCUAUUUGUGAGAUAAGUGAACUUGGAGACAAGGGUGAUGAUCAUGAUACAGCAUUUUCAAAUGCAAAUAGAAUAGAGAAAGAAAGGGGCAAGCACAAGGAAAACCCAAUAAUGUCUGCUGUCCAGCUGAUAGGUGAUGGUGUUUCUCAAGUUCAGUCCCUUGGGAAUCAGGCAGUCACGAACAUUGUGAGCUUCUUGAACAUAGAGCCUGGGGAAUCUGAUUCAAAUGGGCAUUCGGAAGAUGGGGAAUAUGAUAAAAUAGAGAGCCAAAAGAUUGUGGAGUAUGGACACUUGGAUCGGAUGUCCUCAGUUCACUCUGGUACAGGGGCACGUCCUGCUAGCCUGCAAAUUGGAAGGAUCUUUCGUUUUAUAUGGUCACAAAUGCGAUCGAAUAAUGAUGUUGUGUGUUACUGUUGCUUUGUACUUGUUUUUCUCUGGAAUUUCAGUUUGCUGUCAAUGUUCUACCUUGCAGCUCUUUUCUUAUAUGCUCUGUGUGUAAAUUCUGGUCCUAGUUACUUGUUCUGGCUGAUCAUGCUAAUUUAUACAGAGAUCAAUAUUUUGCUUCAGUAUUUGUAUCAGAUUAUCAUCCAGCACUGCGGGUUAAGUAUUCACAUACCCUUACUGCAGAGGUUAGGAUUUCCUGAACAUAAAAUAAAGGCAUCAUUCGUUAUCAGCACUCUACCUCUGUUUCUGGUCUAUAUAUCAACUCUUCUGCAAAGUUCAAUAACUGCAAAAGAUGGUGAGUGGGCGCCAGUAACAGAAUUUAAACUGUUGAGGGGAAAGAAUCAUUAUAAAGAAGAACAUAGUUUGAGUUUUGGUUGGAGGGAUGGGCUACAGCAGUUAGUCUCACCAGUGACAAAUGUCUUAAAGAUAAUAACAAGAAGCUUCUCUAGGUAUUGGAGAUCAUUAACACAAGGAUCGGAGUCUCCCCCAUACUUUGUGCAACUGUCAAUGGAAGUUAAUCAGUGGCCAGAGGAUGGUAUCCAACCAGAGAAAAUAGAAUCAGGAAUAAAUGAAUUGCUUCAUGUAGGUCAUGAAGAAAGAUGUGAAGCCAAAAUUUCUUCUUCAUGCCAUUCGGCUAGCAGAGUUCGAAUUCAUAGCAUAGAAAGAAGCCAAGAAAAUACAAAUGUUGCUCUUGCUGUUCUUGAAGUUGUUUAUGCUUCUCCUUCUGUGGGGUGUUCAGCAGCAGAGUGGUAUAGAUCACUAACUCCAGCAGCGGACAUUGCAGCAGAGAUUCUAAAAUCACAAAAGGAAGGGUUGCUGGAAGAAUUAGACUUUCCCUACCCUAUAUUAUCUGUGAUUGGAGGAGGCAGAACAGAAAUUGACCUAUAUGCAUAUGUAUUUGGUGCAGACUUGGCAGUUUUCUUUCUGGUUGCCAUUUUUUAUCAGUCUGUUAUCAAAAAUAAGAGCAAACUUCUUGAUGUAUAUCAGUUUGAAGACCAGUUUCCUAAAGAGUUUGUGUUUAUCUUGAUGGUUCUUUUUUUCUUGAUUGUGCUUGAUCGUAUUAUAUAUCUAUGUUCCUUUGCUGCUGGAAAGGUUAUUUUCUAUCUUUUCAAUCUUGUCUUGUUUACAUACUCAGUCACCGAGUAUGCUUGGUACAUGGAGCCUUCUCACCAGCAUAUAGGACGACUUGCACUCUGUGCUAUCUACCUCACAAAAUCAGUUUCGCUAGCCCUACAGGCAUUACAAAUUCGUUAUGGAAUUCCUAACAAAAGCACUUUGUACCGGCAGUUUUUGACUAGUAAAGUUACACACAUCAACUAUUUGGGUUUCCGACUUUAUCGUGCUUUACCAUUUUUGUAUGAACUACGAUGUGUACUUGAUUGGUCCUGUACAUCUACAUCUCUAACAAUGUAUGACUGGCUGAAGUUGGAGGACAUUUAUGCAAGCCUGUUUCUGGUCAGAUGUGAUACUGAUCUGUAUAGAUCAAGGCACCAGCAAGGUCAAAAGCAAACUAAAAUGACCAAAUUCUGCAGUGGGAUAUGUUUAUUCUUCAUACUAAUAUGCGUCAUCUGGGCUCCUAUGUUGAUUUACAGUAGUGGCAACCCAACAAACAUUGCAAACCUUGUUAUAGAUGUGAGUGUUCAGAUUGAUAUUAAAGCAGCAAGUGGAAGGCUGACCCUGUUCCAAACCACUCUGUGCGAAAGAUUUCCUUGGAAUGACUUACAAUUAGAUGAUGAGUUGGACCCACAACAUUACCUGGAUAGUUACAAUGUACAGGACAUUCAAUUGAUCUGCUGCCAACCUGAUGCAAGUACAAUGUGGCUGGUCCCUCCAGUUGUUCCAGCUCAAUACACCAGGUCCAUUGACCAGGACAAGUAUAUGAAAAUACUUAUAACAUGGGUCUUUUUAAGAGAGAGGCCAAAGGGGAAAGAAGCAGUAAAAUAUGAAGCACCUGUUGAAAUUUGUCCAAGUCAGGAUGAUGUCAAACAAGUGCUUAAUGGGACAGCUAACAGCUUCAGGAUAGUCGAUGCAUAUCCUAGAUACUUCCGGUUGACUGGCUCUGGUGAAGUGCGGUUAAUUGCACCAACAGGAAAUUCAGUUAGUGGGGAUCUUCUUUUGAAUCAUGAAAGUCCUCCAUGGUGGUCUUUCCAUGAUGUUAAUGCAUCAGAUGGAGCAGCGUGUAAAGGGUUGACUGGGCCAAUGGCCAUCGUUGUAUCUGAGGAGACACCACAGGGUAUUCUUGGUGAAACUCUUAGUAAAUUCAGCAUUUGGAGUCUGUAUCUUACUUUUGUUCUAGCUGUUGGCCGAUUUAUCAGGCUUCAAUGUUCUGACUUGAGAAUGAGAAUACCCUAUGAAAAUCUUCCUUCUUGUGACAGGUUGAUAGCGAUCUGUGAGGACAUCUAUGCUGCGCGGGCAGAGGGUGAGUUAGUAGUUGAAGAAGUCCUUUACUGGACGCUUGUAAAAAUCUACAGGUCACCACACAUGCUUCUGGAGUACACCAAGCCUGACUAAAUUCCUUGGUUCAUGACGGCUACUUUGGAAAUGAUGGAAGAGCAUGCUGAUUAUUACCAGCUGAAAUACAGGAUCACAGUGCAAGGAAGCAAAAUGGACAACCUCCAUCGGUGAAUUUGGUGGUGUUUCUUUGGCUCGUCAAAUCCAGGUUUUAUAUGUACAUGUCAUUGUAUUUCUUUUGGAUUCCUUUGCCAGAUGAGUUGGUUGUGCGCAUCAAGUUGCUUCCAUGGGUGCAAGGUUCUCACAUGUAUACCCGAGAAGUACUUACUGUUCAAUUAUUUUUGUAAAUAUGACGUUUAUAUGGAAAAGUAAACAAGUUCAGUAA